UCUUUACGCACACACUGCACACAUACACAAGGGUCUAUCUACCGGAACAAAUGAUGAUCACCUCAGAAAUGGAAACAAAAGAAAAAGAAAUAUUGAUGAAGAACACAUUGUUUGAAGCGUGCAUGAAGCAACAAUGGGAGAGAGUUUCAUCCAUAUACCACCGCUCUGGAGUGAUUGCUUGGGAGGCAAAAAUCACAAAAUCAGGAGACACCGUUCUCCACAUUCUCAUCAACUGUUACCACCCAGGCUCCAAAAACCUUCUGCAGCAUAUCAAGGACAUGGUGGAUAUCUUAGAAGAUGAUGAUGAGGCAUUGAGAGUGUUAAAAUUGCAGAAUGACAGAGGUGACACUCCUCUUCACCUUGCUGCUCGCCUUGGAAACACUGAAAUCUGCACACAUAUUCUCUCCAGAGCUCAAAAACAAGGCAAAGCGUACGAGCUGAUCAGAGAUCGCAACUUUAAGAAGGAGACACCAUUGUUCUUGGCGGCGCAUCGUGGCAAGAUGGAGGCUUUUCAGUUCCUGCUCACAGUGUUCAAGAAGGAAAACCACAAUCCAAUUGAUAUUUGUAGACAGGAAAAUGGGGAUACUAUUCUGCACUCAGCUCUCUCUGGAGAGUACUUUGAAAUGGCAUUCGAGAUAAUCAGUGAACUUCCAGAACUUGGCAAUUAUGUCAAUGAGGAUGGGAUAUCUCCUCUACAUAUUCUAGCCAGAAAACCACAUGCAUUCAAAAGCAGCAGUUAUCUAGGAUCUGUUGAUCUCAUCAUCUACCAUAGUGCUACAGUUAGAAGCCUAAAAAGGGCAAAACAAUCUGCUGAGGAUGAUGAAAUUCUUAAAAACUUCCCAGCAAACUGGUGGACACUAGUGGAACUCUUCAAGUUUGUCUGGGAAUGCAUUUCCAGGCUUUUUGGAGAAUGUGAAAAUCAAAAUGCUCGUCAAGAGAGAAAAGAAAGAAAAUGUCAAGGAAUAGGUAGUUCCUGUAGCAGAACAUUUGCGGAUCAAAAUGAUCCAGAAGAAGGUAAUGCUAGUAGGGAAACAAAUGCAAAUAAAAAUGAUCCCACAGAACAAGAAAGCUGGAAAACUGGAGAGGCAGCAGAGCACAAAGUCAGAUUCUGUCAAAUAUCAACACGAAGAACUCAAGGCACAUUGCCAGAAAAUUACACCACAACUGUUAUGCUUUUCAAGCUUCUGAUGAAGGUUGUGUUAAUUAUAUUGGGAAUCGGAUUUGGAAGGAUAAGGAAAAUUAAGGACAAGAAGGAAAUGAACACAUGGGCAGUCCAGAUUAUGAAUGAACUGAUUGAGAAAGAAUCUAGCUACAAGUACCAGUAUACUGGGGGGAGACCUCAAGAAGAUGCUGCAAGAGAAUCUACUGGAAUUGAACCACCAAGCACCCCACCCACAAUAGAUGAAUCACCAACUUCAACCAAUUGUACAAAGUCUGAAACCAUUAUGAAGAAAAAUGAGAAUGAAUUUGACACAAACGAGAACAAGGAGACACCUUUAUUAGCAGCAGCUAGGGUUGGAAUUAAGGAGAUUGUAGAGAAAAUACUUGAAACAUUCCCAGUUGCCAUUCAAGAUGUGGAUGCCAAUGAGAAGAACGUCUUACUUCUAGCUAUAGAGAACAGGCAAACCGCGGUUUAUGAUUUCCUGGUAGAGAAGAAAAAAUCACUACCAGAAUUUGUGUAUUAUCAAGUGGAUAACGAGGGAAACAGUGCAGUGCACCUUGCUGCAAUGUACAAUGGUCAGCAGAAUUGGCGCAUGCCUGGUGCUGCAUUGCAGUUGCAAGGAGAAUUGAAAUGGUACAAGUACGUGAAGGGACACAUGGCACGAGAAUCCUAUGUUCGUUUCAACAACAAAGGACAGGUUCCAGAGGAAGUGUUCAAAGAGACACAUGCUGAUCUUACCAAAAGCGGCACCAAAUGGCUGGUCACCACUUCCAACUCCUGCUCUGUCAUUGCUGCGCUGAUUGCAACUGUGGCAUUUGCUACAUCUGCAACCAUCCCUGGAGGGGUGGAUGAUAAGACUGGCAGUCCCAUUCUUAAAGGCCAGCCCGCCUUUGAUGCAUUCGCAGUCUCAUCACUCAUAGCUCUGGGCUUCUCAGUCACCGCCCUCGUCUUCUUCCUCGCAAUCCUCACCUCCCGCUGCCAACAAAAGGAUUUCAAGAACAAUCUCCCCAGGAAGCUGCUGCUUGGACUCAACUGUCUUUUCACCUCAAUCGCUGCCAUCUUGAUCUCCUUCUGCGCUGGCCAUUUCUUCCUCCUCACCGAUCAUAUCAAAGUCGCGGCUUUUCCAAUAUACAUCCUCACAUGCUUGCCUGUCACACUUUUUGCCUUGAAUCAACUCCCACUAUACAUGGAUCUCUUCAGGUCAAUCUUCCAAUCUGUUCAUUUCCGCAGCUUCAAAGUCUCAUAUGCCACCAAGCACCUCAAGGACAAACCUUUGCUCGAUAUUUCUUUCACUCCAAAGAAUCAAGCUUUCCGUGUAGUUCUCCAUGAUCUUCAAAAAUUUAUUUCCCAGGCAGAAUCAAGGUUUGUCAAAUCUUGAUCGAUAUGUUGAUUGAUUAAUACCCGUCCCUGUUCGGUGGGAGUUCUUGUUUCAUUUGUACGUACUGUUUUCUUUUUACUUAAUUGUCAUAUACAUGUACUGAUGAGUUCCAGUA